AUGACGAAAGAUAACGAUAUCGUAAAGGAAGCCGCUGCUCCAGGCGCCGAAGAGAAGCCAAUUACUGUACCAGAUGAACAAAACAAUAAGAAAAAGGAUGCCAACAAUGAAGAAGAGCUUUCUGAAGAAGAUUUGAAGCUUAAGGAUGAUUUGGAGUUCUUAGUCAGUACAUUGAAGGGAGAUGAUACCUCAUUGUAUUUGGGAUCUUUGGAUCAAUUGAAAGAUUCUAUCAAGAAUUCAACCAGUUCUAUGACUGCUGUUCCUAAGCCAUUAAAGUUUUUGCGUCCUUCGUAUCCAGAAUUGGUUUCAGUUUAUGAGUCUUGGACUGAUGAUAAGUUACAAUCUCUUUUGGCAGAUGUGUUGUCAGUUUUGAGUAUGACUUACUCCGAUGAUGGCAAAUACGAUUCGUUGAAAUAUAGACUUUUAUCCAAUGAAAAGAACAUUGAGAGUUGGGGUCAUGAAUACAUGCGUCAUUUGGCAUUAGAGAUUGGAGACGUGUAUAAUAAACAGGUGGAGAAGGAGGCAGAUGAGUCUACCCCGGAACCAGACGCAGAUUUCAACCAACAAGAUUUGGUUAGUUUAUCUCUUCAAAUAGUGCCAUAUUUUUUGAAACACAAUGGUGAAGCAGAUGCAGUAGAUUUGUUGUUAGAAAUUGAAUCCAUUGAUAAACUACCACAGUUCGUCGAUGAUACGAGUUUCACUCGUGUGUGUCAGUAUAUGGUCGCGUGUGUGCCACUUUUAGCACAUCCAGAUGAUGUUUCAUUUUUACAAACUUCAUUCGCUAUUUACUUAUCGCACAACGAAUUGACAGAAGCCUUGAACUUAGCUAUAAGGAUCGGGGAUGAAAAUUUGGUAAGGUCAGUGUUUGAUGCAACCGCAGACCCUGUCAUUCACAAACAAUUAGCAUACAUCCUUUCAAGUCAAAGAUCUUCAUUCCAACAGGAAGGUGUGCAAGAUAUUAUAGACAACGUUCAAUUGUCGGAACAUUUCAGAUAUUUAGCUAAAGAAUUGAACCUUCUACAGCCAAAGACACCGGAAGAUAUUUACAAAUCACAUUUAGAAAGUUCAAAGGCGUCUUUCAAUAAGACGAGUAUGAGUUCAGCUCAACAGAAUUUGGCAGAAUUUAUGGUGAAUGGUUGGUUGAAUUUGGGUUAUUCUUCGGACAGCAUCUACUCCAAAGACAGCAAUUGUGUUUAUAAGACUAAAGGUGACGGUAUGACCUCGGCGGUAGCGAGUAUCGGGUCUAUUUAUCAAUGGAACCUCGAUGGUUUGCAAGAACUAGACAAGUACCUAGUAACUGAAGACUUAGAAGUCAAAGCCGGUGCUCUCUUGGGUAUAGGAAUCUCUACAUGUGGUGUUCAUGACGGUGAAGUUGAGCCCGCACUUCUUCUCUUACAAGAGUACGUCACAAAUCCAAAUGUCAAGCUAAGUUCGGCUGCCAUUAUGGGAUUAGGUAUAGCAUUUGCCGGUAGUAACAAUGAUGAAUUAUUGGGCACAUUAUUGCCCGUUGCCGCUGAUACCAGUCUUCCAAUCGAAGUAUGUUCCAUGGCUUGUUUGUCAUUAGCUCAUGCCUUUGUUGGAACCUGUAACGGUGAUAUCACAACAACUAUUAUGGACAACUUUUUAGAACGUUCCUCCGAAGAAUUAAAGACACACUACACUAACUUUUUCGCACUAGCCUUGGGUAUCUUAUACAUGGGUCAAGGUGAACAAGUGGAGGAUGUCUUGGAUACUAUUUCUGCUAUUGAAAAUCCAAUCACGUCUGCUAUUGAAGUCUUAGUGAAUGCAUGUGCUUACACUGGCACUGGUGAUGUAUUGAUGAUCCAAGAUUUACUUCACCGUCUAACACCAAAGAAGGAUUCUAAGGACGACAAGGAAGAAGAAGCGGACGAAGAAAUGGGUGAUGUGCUUCCAAGUGAGAUUCAAGACAGUUUAGGACUGGGAUUACAAGAUAUUCCGGGAGCAGCUGAUACCGUGUAUAAUGAACAAGAUGAACAACCAGAAGAGGUUGAUGUAGUAAUGGAUGAUGCAGAUGGUUCCAACGCUACGAAUGAUGAAACAAAGGCAUCCGAGCAAAAGGGCGAUGAAGACGCAGAGGACGAACAAGAGGGAGAAAAAGAAGAAAACGCUGAGGAUGCUGGUGAAGACAAAGAGAAUGAAAAUUCACAAGCUGCAGAACUAGCGUUUGCUGUUUUAGGUAUAGCCAUGAUCGCUAUGGGUGAAGAAAUUGGUAAAGAAAUGUCGCUACGUCACUUUGGCCAUUUGAUGCAUUACGGUUCUGAUGAAAUCCGCCGUUCGGUGCCUUUAGCUAUGGGUUUGAUUAGCGUCUCUGAUCCUCAAAUGAAGGUGUUCGAUACACUAUCCAGGUUCUCUCAUGACGCUGAUCUAGCUGUGUCUAUGAGUUCAAUCUUCUCCAUGGGUCUCUGUGGUGCAGGUACGAACAAUGCUAGAUUAGCACAAUUGUUGAGACAAUUGGCUAGUUAUUAUUCUAAGGAAUCCGAUGCCUUAUUCAUGACAAGACUCUCCCAAGGGCUUGUCCAUCUCGGUAAGGGAACCCUUUCAUUAGACAUCUUCAACGAUGCUCAGGUUUUAAAUAAGGUAUCAUUGGCAUCCUUGCUUACCGUAUUAGUCGGAAUGAUGUCUCCUGAGUUUAUGCUGAAGAACCACAGCCUAUUCUAUUAUCUAAAUUCGGCAACAAGACCAAAAUAUAUCGUUACUUUGGAUGAAGAGGGGAACCCAAUCAAGGCCAGUGUUCGUGUCGGUCAAGCUGUUGACACUGUUGGUCAAGCAGGUAAACCAAAGACUAUCACAGGUUGGAUUACCCAUUCUACACCAGUUCUACUAGGGCACGGUGAAAGAGCAGAAUUAGAAACAAAUGAAUAUAUCAGUUACACCAGCCGGAUCGAAGGUGUAGUGAUCCUAAAAAAGAAUCCUAAAUACACAGAAGAAGUGAACUAG